AUUUCGGGCCGGGUCGGGUCGGAGCGAAAUAAAUCGUUAAAACUUUCAAUUACGGAAUCGGGAUUUAGUGUUCUUCGAUGAGUCCUGGAGAUUACUCUCAACAAGCUAAAACGACGGAGAUGCCAUCAUCAUCAUCAUCGGAUCGUGAAGCUCCCAACAACACUUCAUCCGUCGAUCCUCCUCCUCUCGUCGUCGACGGCAUUCCAGGCCAGGAUCACGUCGUCCUCGCCGAACUUCGAGAGCAUCCACCAGGAGCUUUGCAGAAAGCAGAAAUGUUGUCUGAGGACGAAGUAAAGGGCACAUUAGAAGCAGUUGCAUCUACCGGGAAGUUCUGGCAGGAUUGGGAAAAGUUAAAGGGAAUGCUAUCUUGGUGGUUGAAGAAGGUUCUGUCAGAAUAUCCUGAGGCAAAUAUGAAGGACGAACAACAAAAGGAAGCCCUAGGAGAAACGUAUCCUGAGCUGGUUCGUCGAUUGGAUGAAGCUCUUCUUAGUUUCGAUGAAGGUCCUCCAUUUACACUGCAGAGACUCUGUGAGAUCCUUUUGGCUGCAAGGAGCAUCUACCCAAAGCUCUCAAAGCUUGCUCUUGCAUUAGAAAAGAAUCUGUUGGUUACUUCUAUGCUAUCCAUCAGUACGGAACCGCAAUCACAAACCUCUGAAGAAACAAACGCAGCAACGGAAGACACAGAAACGGCUGCAGCAAAGGGGACACAGCCAAAUGGAAUUGAAGCAGUGGUGGGAGGUGACAAGGAUGAGAUAAUGACAGAGGUAGAAGAAGAAGCAGAUGUUGAUGACGCAAUGACUAUUGACAUGGAAACAAUCGAUGAACCAUCAGAGACAAUGACGACAACGACGGCCAGUGAGAGUGAGACAUCAAGCGAAAUCACUGCUGCAAAACCAUCAUCAGAUCCAAUGGCUGCAGAGGAGGGAGACCCACGGUUGCCUUGAAUUUUAUGCCUACAAUUUAAACAUGAUAAAGCUUUUUGCUCAAAAAAAACAUGAUAAAACUUUGAAAACUGUGAUGGAAUAUAAUGUUUGUUCUAUGAGAGGAGACAUUCUUGGAUCUUGAUCUUUCACUAUAUAUUAGUCAUUAUGAAGGUUUCUGUUUUGUGUAA